CAGUCACACAGGCACAGCACUUGCCAUAAUCAAAUCAUCCACCCAUCCAGCCAGCCUUGCCUUGUUGGGAACUUGGGAUCGUCCCCUCCACCACGUUCCCGUCCCGUCCCGCCCCGCCGGCCCGAGCACAUGGCAGCACGCCAUUGAUAAGCUAGCUCUCGCCUCGGUUUGACUCGCCCGCUGUGCUGUACUACCUCUCUACCUGUUAUGUUCCGCCGGGUGCGUGGGUGGUUCGUCGGGUUGGUUGGCUGCUGUUCUGUCUGCUCUGCGCUCCCCGAUCCUUCUUCCUCCCUCAUCACUGUCGAGCGGCGGUAGCUAGCAUAUAGCUGCGCUGCGCCGCGUCGUCUUGUCUCAUGUGACUGACAUAGCGAGCGAGGUGGACGUACGCGUGCGCGAUCCCGCCGGGUAGGUUGCGGCCGCGCUUGGAUUGGGAAGAAGGUCGACCGGCGAUGGGGAAGGCGGGGCGGUGGCUCAAGAGCAUCCUGGCGGGGAGGAAGGACGGCAAGAAGGCGCCGCCGCAGCCGCAGCACCAGGACGGCGACGCCACGCCGUUGCCGGCAGCGAGCAGCCCCCGGGAGAAGAAGCGCUGGAGCUUCCGCCGGCCAGCGACGGCGACGGCGCAGCAGCAGCAUCAGGCGGGGAAGCCCGCCGCCGCGCCGUCACCGCUGUCGUCCCAGCUGGACCCGGCGGCCGCGGGGCUCGCCGCCUUGUCGGUGUCGGGGACCGAGCAUGACGGGCUCGGCCCGACCGACCACGACGUCGCCGCGGUGAUGGCUGCCGCGGAGGAGGAGGGCGACGUGGUGGCGAUCUGCGCCGCCGUCGAGGAGGCGGCCGCCGCCAGGAUCCAAGCAACAUUCAGAGGCUAUCUGGCGAGGAAGGCUCUGUGCGCGCUGCGCGGGCUGGUGAAGCUGCAGGCGCUGGUCCGGGGCCAGCUGGUGCGGCGGCAGGCCACCGCCACGCUCCGCCGCAUGCAGGCCCUCCUCGACGCGCAGUCCCGCCUGCGGGCGCAGCGCGCGCGCAUGGUCGACGCGGACGACCACGUCGCCGCCGCCGCCUACCAACGCCGGUCGCCGCAGCACCCCAGGCGCCGCAGCUCCUACGAGAUGGACCGGUCCGGCGAGGAGCACGUGCGGAUCGUGGAGGUGGACGCCGGCGACCCGGCGCGGCGCGGGCGGAGCAGCUGCUCGGCGGCGGCGACCGAGUCCAGGGAGCGGCGCCUCGCCGAUUACUACUCCUACGGCGGCGGCGGCGGGCAGUGCUCGCCCGCGCCGUCGUCCGCGGCGUUCGGCGCAGAGCUGCUGAGCCCGCAGCGCGCGUACAGCGGCCACUUCGACGACGCGUUCGCGUUCGCCGACCACGAGGCGGCGGCGGCGGCGGGGAGCAGCCCGUACGCGCCGCCGUACGACGGGUACGGCGGCGCGGUCCCGAGCUACAUGGCCAACACGGAGUCGUCCCGCGCCAAGGCCCGGUCCCAGAGCGCGCCGCGGCAGCGCACCGACGGCGCGGCUGCGCUGGAGCGGCAGCCGAGCCGGCGCCGCGGCGCGCCUAGGAAGACGAUGCAGCGGUCGUCGUCGCACAUCGGCGUGCCGGCGGCGGCCGGCACGUGCGGGUACGGCUACGGAUACGGAUACCACCAUUACCAGCAGCAGCAGAACCCCUGGGCGGGCGUGAGGCUGGACCGGUCGAGCGCGUCGGUGGUGGGCAGCGAGUGCGGGUCCACGAGCUCCGUGCUCACCGCCGCCACCGUCGGCUACUGCCGCUCGCUCGUCGGCUUCGAGGUGAGUGCCGGCGAACUCCACUAUACUUUGAUCCUCAAUUCAAAACAAAGAUUGUUUUGUUCGUUCGUUCGUUCCCUUUGUUUCAGUUUUGUGAAUUUAGCCGAGGCCUGGAUACGAGUUGUUUUGAGCUGCUGCUGCUGCUGCAGGUGCAGCAGAGGGGGCGCUACUGAAGCUGGUCGAAGCGAACAGCUUGCUGCAUCGCGGCAGCACAAUGUAUGAAUGUAAUGUUAUCAAGAGGAGUUGUUGUUUGAAGGCACAUUACAGGAUGCUGAAGAAAUUAAAACCCAUCCGUUUCUGGUGUCUGCUGAUGGCUUGCUUUGCUUGGGAUCUCAGGUCUAGCUGCAAGUUUUCUUCUCUAGCUAGCAAGCUAUGUGUGGUGUAAAUUCGUAAGCGUGAACAGCUAGCCUACCAGAAUCUUGUAAUUGCCAAACGUUUCAGAUCGACUGAUCGAGUACAUCGUCUGCAAGAAUCAUAUGGGAGAA